CUGACAUGACGCUACCACGCCACUCUUACUCUAUGAGGGCCAUAAAACCAGCACUUUUUGCGUCUUAUUUGCUGUUUCAGGUAGUUUGCACUUCUACAGCCUGCACUUCACACAUUAGUGCUUGUGUUUCUCGACGCUUCUGCAAAAACGAACAAGAGUUCCUCACGCAUAUCUGUGAUUUUAAAGAUGGAAGGAGCCAGGUGACUGAUCCAAAGGUCUGUAACAACACUCUUCAGAUGACACUGACGCGAUCACCAGCUCUGGGAGAGUGCCUCUGUUAUUCUUCAGUUUCAUGCAGCACUCUACAACAGAUGUGUUCUCAAUGCCAGCACCAUUUGGCUCAAGAAAACAAGAAACAUGACGCAGAAUGGCAAACCGGCGGCCACAAAAUAAACCGGUCAUGUCUGGAGGAGAUAAUGGCGUGUAUUGAAGAUGAAAUGUGUAACAGGAAGAUGGUACCGUUUGUUCAAGCCUGCAGUGCUCACCAGUGCAAGCCGCUCCAGUGCAGGCAGGCAACGGGUCACUUCUACUCAACUCUUCCUCUCAAUAGAGCUGAGACAAUGGUGUUCUGUGAAUGUGAUAGAGAAGACCAGGAAUGCCAGGAGAUGAAGGACUCUCUGCACUCUGGCUCCUGUGUGACAGAUGAGUCACAGACACCCUGGACCUGCCUGGAGAUGCUGGACAGCUGCACUGGAGAUGUGUUGUGCAGGCAGAGAAUUAACAGGUACCUGUCGGAUUGUUUCGGUGCAGUGGAAGCUCCGCUUGAUCAUCAGCAUUCUGCAAGUGACUGGCUACAGUUACUAGAUCCAGACUUCUUCCUUGGAGAACAGCAACAAUGCAGGGUGGCCUUUGUGGCUACAAUGGGUUCAGUCCUUCAAAAUCCAUGUAUUUGUGACAGAUUACACCAUCAAGACCUGCAUAAGUGUAAUAGGUUGCAACAACUUUUUCAAAACAAGUCUCUUUUCAAGCUUUCAAGGACCAAAGAAACUCUCAGACACAAACUAUCAGAUGAAAUAAAUGUAAGGCCACAGCCAACCAAUGAAUCAAGCUCUGAACAACAGCUAACCGAUGAAUCAAGCACUGAGCUCUUAAGCGAUCAGCUGUUUUACUUGUUGAUUUACAUCUCUGUGUUGACGAUGGUGGUAUUAUUUGCAGUCAGCCUCAUUUUGCACAGACUAAGGAGAUUACAUCAAGCUGCUGGUAAACGGCAAGGUUUUGAGGCCCAUCAGUCAAAAUCUCUUAUGUUGGUGUCUGAUAACAUAGGCCUAUAAGUGUAAUGAUUUUAUUGUGUAGCAUGUUUAGUAACAGCAUUCAGUCACUUUUUAAUAAAUUUCAUUAAUGUCCUGAUUUCUGCUACAAUGAAUGGUUGAUAAACAGAUGAGAUUGUUUUCAUCGUAUCUUGUUCGAUAUAUGUUACAAUGGACAACAAAACCAGAUUUGAGAUUUUUACAUCAUCUGAAAGCUGCAUGAAUACGCUUUCUGAUGAUAUAUGUUUCUAUUUGAUGUAGGUUUCUGUUGACUUUUGUUAGGAUAGGAAGAUAUUUAUCCAAAACUAUUUAAAACUCUGGAAUCUGAAGGUGCAUAAAAAUCUAAACAAUUGCCUAUAAUGUUG